CUUAUAUGCUUGGGCGUCGACCUUGAUGGCCACCACCUCCGCGUCGCGCCAAUGACAAUGAGCACCGUGCCUCGCCCCAAAGCCACAGCAGCAACACACUACCCGAUGCGCGGCGUGCACCGAGCAUGGCCGAUUCUAACGAGAGAAGAUUGAACGUCACGAUGACGCCCUACAGCUAACGCAGUCCGACUCAUGUGCUCAAGCCGCCGGAUCUCCUACCAGUCAGCCAUCCAGUCCCGUGGUGUCUGCAACCAAGUCAUGGCCAGUCGAAAGGAUGGACCAUGUGAGCACACCGGCAAGACAGUUGCCGACUAUCGAGUCUAUGCUAGCCAAAGGUGUGCCAUAUUCAGCUCCCAGGAGCACAUCUCGUAAGCCACAGACAACGGCCAGGGUUUAAAGCCGCCGCUGUUGUGCGACGUCGUAUGCAUCGCAUGACGACUUGCGGAGAACUCCUAUUCAUCCUUUGCAAUUCCUCUAUUCGCAUCACAGGCUGACCUUUCUGUACGGCACGAAGUAUCUUGUAGGUUUAGGCAUUCUCAAAUAGCGACUCGGAUGAGCCUCGGCGUACCUUGAGUGGCCGGCGGGACGGCGCGCUGUGGCAAGAACUGAAAACCAUCGCGGCCCGCGGGCUAUGAAAGACUAUAGAACAGCGACUGCGCUGGCUCUUGGUUUUGACCGUCCGGCUCACGAUGCAAGCGGGCCCAUCGGGGCAUGUCUUGGGCAAAUAGAGACAUGGCUGUUGGCGAAUAGUAGUUGUCUAUGACGUUACGAAGCUGAACGGGUUAUAUGAUUUCACGUUACACACGCUCUCCACCAUGUAGAUGAGUGUUGACAAGCAUCACGCCUCCGCGUGAGCAGUCGGUGUAUAUAAACCGAGUGUUGACGCAGAGACGGGUGGUAAUAUCUGGGGCGACUAUGGCAUCUGCAAACGAAAAUCAAGUGCAACUCUGACAACGAUGAUUGACAACAACAGGCUUGCCCGCUUGUGGCUCAUGCUCGGCGUCCUUGUGGCGCUACUUCUGCUCAAUAAAGUAUACAAGGUUCUUCGCAGCUCGACGUCGCGGCUGCCAGGGCCGUGGCAUACGAAGUGGACGAGCGCCGUGGGCGUCUAUCAGCUUCUCAGGGGGACGCGAACCGAGUGGAUUCACAGCCUGCACCAGCGCUACGGCGGGUUUUGUCUUCGAAUCUGGAGUGCCGGUCUGAGUAUUGGCUGACAGUAGCCGUAGGCCGCAUUGUCCGCAUGGGCCCGAACGAGGUGGGCAUUUGUGACGUGGACGCGCUCAAGAUCAUCUACUCGGCACGGCACACGUUUCUCAAGCCGAUUUGGUACCGGCAUCUCACACCGCUCGGCCACGAGAGUCUCUUCAGCACAAGCAAUGUAGAGUUUCAUAAGAGGCACCGCCGGCUCCUCGGCGCGCCCCUCUCGGAGACGUCCAUUCGUGCGUACAGGCCGCUGGUGGAUUCCCGGUGCAAGCUGGCCAUCCAAAAGGCCAGGGAGGAAAUGAGGUCCAAGGGCGCGGCGGACAUGUACAAAUGGUGGCUGCUGUUCGCGACGGACGUCAUUGCCGAAUUGUCCUUUGGAGAGUCGUUCAACACUCUGGAGCAUGGAGAGAAAAACGAAUACAUUCGCAUGUUGGAAGAGGCAGGACGACACGGCUUUGUUCGCGCCACGCUUCCGCUCCUCAUUUCUAUCUCUGACAAGGUUCCGCUGCCUUAUUUUAGCAAAAGCUUAGAACACGCCGUCACCGCGACGCGGUACGCCGCUGAGGCGCUCAGCCAAUACAAGAAGGCGGUCGAGGCGACGCCCGAGGUGGCGCAUCAGACACUCUUCGCCAACCUACUCAAGGCCAAGGACGCCGACACUCUCACCUUUGAGGAGAUGCGCAACGAUGCCGAGCUUUACAUCAUCGCCGGCAGCGACACCGCGGCCAGUACGCUCACCUACCUCGUGUUGGCCGUGUGCCGCCACCCCCCCGUCCGGUCUGCCCUGCUCAAGGAGCUGCAGCUCUUGUCCGAUGAUUUUGACGAUCAGGACCUCAAUAACCUACCCUACCUAGGCCAGGUCAUCAACGAGGUGCUUCGUCUCUACCCCGCGGCGCCGGCGAGCUUGCCCCGCCAGGUGCCGGCAGGCGGCGCCGAGCUCUGCGACUAUACCUUGGACGAGGGUGUGCUUGUCUGCGCGCAGGCGUAUUCUACGAACAAGGACCCAGACAUCUUUCCAGAGCCACUUUCCUUUGAUCCCUCAAGGUGGGCAUCGCCGACACAGGCCAUGAAGGACGCGUUCAUGAGCUUCGGCAAGGGAGCUCGAGUGUGCAUCGGGCUACACCUAGCCCAUCUCGAGAUCCGGCUCGCAACGGCCCGGUUCUUCCUGGCGUUUCCAGAUGCAACAAUGGCGUCGGUGGACGGCAUGACUGACGAGGAUAUGGAGCAGAGCAACCAAUUCAUGCUGUCGCCCAAAGGAGGAAGGUGCCUCAUGUUUUCCGCUGUCGGCGCAUCGGCCUAG